AUGGAGGAUAUCCACCAUGGAGGCCAUGCGGGAGCCCGACCGCUGGCUUUCGACAUUGACAUCGAUUCCCAUAUGAUGUCCGAUGACUUCUCCUUCGGCUCCCCGUUUAGUCCGACCAACUCUGCCGCCCAGGACGGUAUGCUCCAGGAUCCCAUCUUCCCGGAGUGGAAAACCGGUGCUCAGCGCAGUGGCGAUAGUCCCGAGGAGUUGCAGAAGCAGGAUCCCCUCGCCGCGCAGAUUUGGAAGCUCUACACGCGCACCAAAUCUCAGCUUCCGAAUCAAGAGCGCAUGGAGAAUCUGACUUGGCGGAUGAUGGCCAUGAACUUGAAACGCAAGGAACGGGAACAGCAGCAGCAGGCCAGGUCUUCACAAGCCCAGCAAGAUACCAUCAGUCCCAUCCCAAGCGGCAACGUGCAGUUGCAUCUGUCCGACCAGGCGUCGAACUCGACCACCAUGAACCACGAUGCCACUUCCGAUCCCAUGAACUUGGAUGACUUCAUCGUCCCCUUUGACUCCCCCACCGAUUACUCCUCCCAUCCCCAUGCCGACCGACACUUCACCGCCACCCCGACCGGUAUCCCUAUCAAAGCGCGCAAGAAUCACCCCAUAACUGAUUCCACCGUCGCUGCGUCCUUUGGCCAUCCCCCGCAGGAGCAGCGCAAGGAUAGCGAAUUCGGCUACGUGCCACGUCGAGUGCGCAAGACGAGCGUCGAUGAGCGUCAGUUCUUCAACGGCCUCGGGGUCCCCGGUCGCAAGCGUCCCGCCGAGGCAUCUCCUCAGGUGCCCCCGGUCUCCAACGCCAUGCUGUCGCAGCACUCGGAGCUGUCGGCCGCCCUACCAGAUUAUUCUUUGGACCAUCCGUCCUCGGCCUUUGCCAUGCCGGGCAACGGCACCGUUGGUCCCCGGCGUCACCAGCAUCAGCACUCCGGCGUUCCCUUCGGUCUCGAUACGUAUGGAGUAGGCGGCGAGGAUUCUGGCAUCAAUUCGGCUGGUCCCUACCAGCAGCACUUCGCCUUCUCACCUUCUGAUUCUCCCAUGGCGGCCAGCAAUCCCUUCUCCAACCUCUACGCCCAAACUCCCAUAGCCUCUUCCCUGAACUCUACCGAGUUCUUUUCUCCUCCCCUUCAGGGUAUCACCUCGCUGCAGCCUCGCCACAUGUAUAAUACCAACGGCGAGUUCCAGUCGAGCAGCGUGAGUGGCCCACCCAGCUCCAUGCACUCGUCUGCGUUCUCUCUACCGGGCCCCCAACACGUGGAUCCCUCGCAGGUACUUGGUCCCGGCGAAUUUUCUACGACAGCGCCCAGCAGCAGCAUGUUCACCUUUGGCGGGGACUCUGACAACGAGGACGAGGACGGCAACCAGUUUGAUCGCGGUGGGAUCGCCAUGCCCCAUGACUUUGCUUCAAUGGAGGACUCUGGGGACAUGAACGCGGGUAUGACCUGGGAUAGCGGCUUUCCCGGGUCUGUUCAGUCACUGCCGGGUUUCAACGGCCAGCAUCGCAAGCAUGUUACCAUCGGCUCGACCGACAUGAUGGACGGCCCGCCCGAGUGGCACCACGCGGGCAGCCUGGGCCGUGGCCACGGCUCAGCCGCCUCAGUCAGUGAUGUACGCAACCGAGAGCUGGAUCCUCGUCGGCAGAAAAUCGCUCGUACAUCCUCCACUCCCAACGCCCCGGGGCUGCUGCGACAACAUAUGAAUGGCACUCUCAGUGGGCCGCCGACCAACCACCCUUCUCCCAACACGCCCCCGGAGUCCGGUCUGAGUAGCGCGGUGCCGUCUCGGCCAGCCAGUCCUGGAGGUUCGAAGAACGGAGAUCCCAAUGCCGGUCCGACCACAUGCACAAACUGCUUCACCCAGACCACUCCCCUCUGGCGACGCAAUCCCGAAGGCCAGCCCCUGUGCAAUGCAUGUGGCCUGUUCCUCAAGCUUCACGGCGUCGUUCGGCCGCUUUCUCUGAAGACCGACGUCAUCAAAAAGCGUAACCGCAGCAGUGCCAACAGUCUCGCCGUUGGCACCUCCCGGUCCUCCAAAAAGUCUUCACGCAAAAACUCCGUUGCUCAGGUCGCUCCCAUUAGUGCGGCUGUUUCGCGCGCGCCUAGCGGCACCGCCUCCGAAUCACCACCUGCGAUGACAGGCUCGAGCAAAUCUGGCGUGGUCCCCAUCGCUGCCGCCCCGCCUAAGACUGGACCCCCAGCGGGGGUUGCUCAGGCUCGAGCUGGUGUGCAGGUAGCACCUCGCCGCCAGCGUCGUCUGGAGCGGGCCCCGCCCGGGUCCGAACCGGACACUGACGAGAGUCCCAAGGCGAGCGCACCUUCUGGUCGCUCUAGUCCCACGUUUCCGAACCAUCCUUGUACUUCUCCAUCUUCAAUCCAGACAUCUCCAUUCCGGCCCUCUGGUACUCCUUUCGAAUAUCUUCCCAAGCAAUCUCAUCCUCAGUCUUCUCAUACUCCUCAUCAUUCUCGUCCGGAUCCGUACAAGUACUUCCCGACCCAACAUAAAUGA